AGCUUAUUCGAUCAGAAAUCCCGAUGACCGAGCUACCGGUCGAUCUGUCACAAGAUGGAAACGAAAGUCGCAGAUACAAAAAUAACCCACUUCUAUAUUCCGAUGUCCGCGAUUUCAUAUCGCGAGAAGACAACGAGUCACUGGAUAAAAGUUAUGGAGACGGUUCUUCGAAUGAAAUAUGCGCCUUUAAAUUGGAUCAGGGAAAGAUUGAUGAGUUCGCAAACUAUUACCGCUCUGAAACGUGCGUAUCUUCCAGCCGCGAAAGCGCGAUACAAAAGGAAUCUUACAAAGAAACGAUCAAAAAUGAUAGCACUCUCUCAAGGAACGAAGAUGAAUCUCGAUGCAAAUCGAAUCGUAAGAGAAGAACACGUCACAAGAUGCCCGAUGGUGUUAUCAUUGAUCUUAGCAAUGAUGUUUAUGGCACUUCCCGCGGCGGCAUAAAGAUCAGCAUUAUUUCCACGCAUAAUCUAAUGCCCAAAAUGAAAUUUGUUACAGUACCAAAGAAACAACAUUCAACAUGGAAUCGCAAUCCGAGAAAAAUGAUGAAGAAAAUGAUCGACAAUCCUACACUGACUGUACUUUGUGUCGAAAAUGACAACAAAGUGAAGAAAACUCGAAGAUCAAUGAAACGCAAAUAUAGAAAUUAUUCAAAAAAGUCAAUGAAUAACACAUUACAUGAGAAUGCCAAUACGAAUGUCAAUGCACCAAAAAAAUUCAAAAACAUAUUAAAUGGACAACAAAAGUUACAUGUAGAAAAUAGUGUGCAGUCGCUUUGUACGCCUCACAAGAUUCUUGGCUCAACGCAAUGCUGUCAUCAUGAUAACGCGGUGGUUGAUAUUGAUAAUAUACGAUAUUCGAUAUUGAACACAGACCAAACAUGUACCGACGCAAAGAAACGUACCACGAACUACUGCUGUUCAAUUUUUAACGAUACGCAUCAAGAAUAUCACAUUUGUGAUGGGAAAGAUUAUAAUAGAGAUGGUUCUGAUUUCAAUGCCGAGAUGCAAACUGAUUGGAUGGCCGAGUGCUUUUAUCCGGAAUAUACCUGCACGAAGAGAUGUCGAUGUUUCUAUGACUCAAACGAGUGCGAUACCAACAUAAAUAUGCAACGCGACCGUUGUCUCCUGAUGUCACGAACGGCAAGACCGUUCGAAAAUUCUGCUCUUUUGAAAGAGCAUCAAAGAGAAGAGGUCGAGCGACCCGGAUCGAAUAUCGUGCCUGAAUUCACAACAGAAGCCGAUGAAUAUUCUCCAGAUGGAGCCGAACGGUACACGAACUGCGACGGAGAGAAAGGAAGUUCGGCGAGCACAAUCCGGAAACUCGCCGAGCCUGUCGGAAGCGUUACCGAUCUUCACGAUUCACGUCUCGUGGAUGCAUCUCUAUGUGAAAUUGAUACACGUUCUGGAAAGAGCGGAUGGUGGACGACGACGAGGACAACGAUGGUGGAGAGAGACAGCGAUCGGUCAUAUAAAUCAGAUUCUCUGAAAGCCGCCGACACGUGGGAUACACGCGCGUGCAGAGACAACUGUAUUGGGCGGCAUUGCGCAGACUGCGUUGUCGCGAAAUCGUCGCGUUCAAACCAGUAUCCCGGGGAAAAAGGCGGAUCCGCCCGCGGAGUGGAUUCGAAGUGGAAACGAGGCUCCAUUGAAACUGACGUUCAACAAUUGGAUUACAAAUGGAAGAGAAGAAUCACGACCGUAGAUGCCGGUACACGCGCGAGGGUGGAUUUCAAAGAAAAACGUGAUUCCAGAUAUAAAUCGGAAGAGGCGAUUCGUGUCCAAUUGCGCGAAAGCGCAGAGAUAAGGAAGCGCAAGAGCCUGCAGGAAAUGGUCGAAGCAACGUCACAAACGAGGAGUGACAAUAUAAACACAGACGGCAAACAUCACGAGACGCGCGAUUACUCUGUUUGGACGAGUUUACAGAUGGGCAAAAUUUGGUCGCAAGUGCACGACGCGUGCAAGAACGUCGUAAAGCUCGCUGCUACGAGCGUCGGCCGUGUUGUGAAGGAUGCACCUAAAUCGGAACGUUCGCAGAGAAAUCCCGUCGAAGUGGCUGACGCGACGCUCGUUGAGAGCACGUCUUCGUGCGCCGGCAAAAUAUGCGGUGAAACGUGUCGUAAAAAUUUAAUGCGUUCGAAGAGCGAGGAAAAAACGGAGGCGCGUCAAGAACGUACAAUCGGGGACGUGGGAAAAUAUCGCGGGGAUACAGAAGCACCGAUGCGGAAAAAUUCGCGGACCAUUGCACCUACUCGUCACGAUAUGCAGAAGCAUACGUAUCAAAACGCCGAAAAAGAGGAGGACGGAGAGUCUUGUGUGAAUUACAGCGAAUAUGAACAUGGCAGGUAUCGGAAUAUCGUGGAAUUUCAACCACGGAAUGAAACGUAUGGCCAUGAUGAAGAUGUACAUUCUCAAUCCCGUUUGAGUGAGUCCUUCAUGUAUCAUGAAAAAUUUACGUAUCCAGGACUUCGCAAUAGAGGUGGUAGCGAUGAUAACCGAAAUUUUGUAAGGGGCACCGUAGACGAUCAAUCUACGCAUGAUACUUACGAAGAAACAAAAUCUGUCAAAUGUUAUCAAAAUUCUAAAACAUGCGUAUGUUACGAUAGGACUCAAGAGACGCACGUUUAUUGCAGUGAUCAAAGCUUGCAGCAGGUGGCCUGUUACGAAUUAUCUGUAACUAUAGAUCAGGCAGACACAUCAGUUGCCUCGCAAAAUAAUUCACUACAUCAUGAAUCUCAAUCGACGAACGUAUCCUCUUCUGAAGAUAACAGACGAGUAGAAACAUCCGCGACGUCUGAACAAACACGAUCUUAUGAGGAAACCAAAGAAACGUGCGAGGAAACGUGCGAAGAAAUAUGUGAGAGUAUCGAGGAUACGAUCGGCGAGGACACGACCGAAAAGAGCUUCACGUCAACGAUUGCAAUUGCAACAGUAUCCUUAACGAAAAUGGAUCUCACGGUUCACUCAUUGCGGAAUCUCUCAGACGAACCGAUAGCGUCAACUUCCAAAUGGGAAACGUCACCUGUUUCACUGGGAAUAUCGCGAAAAAAACGUCCCGGUUUUAAAUCCCCAUUCUGUGCGAGGGCGAUGAAAUUCUUGAGAAUGCGAUCGUCCGAUAAUAAAACCGCCACGCUUAAACGGAGUAGAAGGGGUAUCGGAAGAAAGGAGCUAUCAAGUACGGCCACUACUACUUAUGAUAACGGAGUGAAGAUUAUGCAAAUAGAUCCAUCUAUUAUGCAAACCGAUCGAGAAGGCAAUAAGAGGCGAGCCUAUGUAAACGUUCAAGGGCAAACACCUGACGCGAUUGUUACGAGAAUUUUAUCGGAAUUCCUUCUCAGUGGCGAGAAGAAGAAGAAGAAGGUGUUGAUGACUGUAAUGCUGCAAUCAGAAUCGGACGAUAAAAAAGAAGCUGAAACGCAAACAUCAUCAAGUAAUAUAACUUCCAGAGGAAUCAACAUGAUUAGUUAUCCAGACAAUCGUCCUCACGGUGCAAUUACAACCACGUCGAAAACAAUACAAUGUUUCGUAUGCGAUAAACCAGAGUGUUACGAAAUUAGAAAGUCGGAUAAUUCGAUCUCUUUAGAAGAGGCGUUAAUCGCAGAAUAUCCGGAAACGUCUGAAUUGAACGAUUAUUUAGCAGAACGAAAAACAAACAUAACAAUUCCUUUAUAA